AUGAGCUGGAACACCGGGCGGCGUGAUUUUAGCUGGGUGGAAUGCGAUGGUGAUUGUUCAUGCAUGAUGGGAGGGUUUUUGUCGGAUGAUGCUAGCUAAAUGCGCGAGGAGAAC